AUGUCCCUCCAAACUCCCCUUACCGACCUUUUCAAGAUCAAGUGAGUUGUUGUUCUUUCUACGAGUGCAGACGCUUUGCUGCACGCCGUCGCCGGGGAAGCCGUGGACACCGCGAUCGUUCUUCCCGCCGGGCCGUACAAAUGCCGGUGGGGGCGUCUCCCCCGCGUCUCAAAGGAGGUCGAAGAGGCCAACGCUCGGCCUUCAAGAUCGAAGCCGUGUGGUCUUGAAUUGGUCAACCGUACUAACUAUGGCUGUCUUCGUGUUCAUAGGCACCCCAUCAUGCUUGCUGGAAUGUGAGUAACAUCAAAACGAACUUGUGAACCUCAGGGAUCUUGAUCGCGGUCACGCUCGGCCCCCGGAACUGAGCUGCUUUCACCACCAAGAACGGCCACACUGAUGAGGCGCAUGCGCUCGCUUUGAUGAUGAUGAACACAGGAACGUCGCUGCCGGUCCUGAACUCGCUGCUGCAGUGACCAACGCCGGUGGAAUCGGGUAAGUAGUCCUCACACCCGACGUCCCUCCGACGACCAUCCCUAACCCCUGGAACCUCUUCCUCCCCACCCCACUCCACCCAAUCCCGCUCGCUUUCGAACGUCCAGUGUCAUCGGUGGUGUCGGUUACACGCCCAAGUUCUUGCGUGAUCAGAUCCACGAGUUGAAGGAGUACCUCAACGACAAGAACGCGCCGUUCGGUAUCGAUCUCUUGUUGCCUCAAGUAAGUUCAACCGAAGCCGAAGUCGCGCUCAGGAGCUGCGUAAAGUCUCACUGCUGACUUUUUGAAACUCGCUCUUUUGUGUCUCAGGUCGGUGGUAGUGCCCGCAAGACCAACAAGGAUUACACCGGUGGCAAGUUGCACGAGUUGGUCGACAUCAUCAUCGAGGAGAAGGCCGCCCUCUUCGUCUGCGCCGUCGGUGUACCUCCCAAGGACGUCGUCGACAAGUUGCACAAGGCUGGUAUCGUGUGCGCCAACAUGGUAAGCUUAUUAUUCAUAGGGUGUAGGGAGGUUGUGACGCGCGCUGAUUUUGGAGAGUUUUUAUCGCGGAACUCAGGUCGGAGCCCCUAAGCAUUGCCUCAAGGCGCUCGAGACCGGCGCCGACGUCAUCAUCGCCCAGGGUGGUGAGGGUGGUGGACACACCGGCGAUGUCCCGACCUCGAUCCUCAUCGCAAGUCCAGAAAGAAGCUCUGCCUAACUCGGCUCGAGAACGGUCAAUAAAUCUAACCCCUCCCUUGCUCCAGCCCGCCUGCGUCGACAUCGUCAAGGGGCGCAAGUCACCUCUGACGGGCAAGCAAGUGCCCGUCGUCGCCGCCGGUGGUAUCUACAACGGUCGCUCGCUCGCCGCCGCGCUUUCCUUCGGCGCUGUCGGUGUUUGGGUUGGGACUCGCUUCGUUUGCGCUGAGGAGGUACGCGUUCCGGGAGCUUCGACUCCGUCCUUCGGGCGUUGUGAACCGCGAUCCUGACCAACGUCCGUUGUUUCUCUCCCCCCCCCACCCUUCCCUUGGUACAGGCCGGUGCCUCGAAAGCCCACCAAGAAGCGGUCCUCACCGCCGACCACAACGACACGAUCCGUUCGCUGAUCUACACCGGUCGCCCCUUGCGCAUUCGUAAGACCCCGUUCGUCAUGAAAUGGGAAACGGAGAAGGCCGAAGAGCAAAAGAAACUUCUCGCCGCGGGCAAGAUCCCCGUCGGAAUGGAGGACGUCGAGAACAGGCCUCAUUUGAUGGGUGCUGUCGCCGCCGUGAUCAAGGACGUUAGACCGGCGAAGAGUAUUAUGGAGGAGAUGAUCAAGGAGGCCGUUGAGACGAUUCAGAAGAACCAGGGUUACUUGAUCAAGUCCAAGCUUUGA